CCUGCCUCCCCGCUUGCUGACGGUCCAAUUGUCAAGCUUGAAGACUACCACGAACAUGUCUACUGUGGACAUUCCGGCCGUGAUCAAGAUCUGUGAGAUGGAUGAGGGCUCACACAAGAUGGCAAUGGACAGACGAAGACUGGGUUCAUCGAGCGCGUUUUGCGUACUGUGACAUGAUAAUCGACUCAUGCGGCAGCGAUCAGAGUACAGCUGAACGGCUCCGAAGCGAUCCUUGGCGAUUGCAAACAUACUUGACAAUUUUAUUGAGGAAUCUGUUCUCGGCGUGGCACUCCUCCAUCUUCCUCAGAUUGCAUCAAAGCAAUGAUCGUUGCUCCAGAAGUCGCUCAGUACGAAUAUGGCUCGUUCGUGUCCGACAUCUUUCUACCCAUCUCUGACAAUGCCCAAUGCCCGCAGGUCAAGUGAAUAACGACCUGGGGUGGAACAUAUCGACCUUGUACGCCGAUGGCGUGAGGUUGAGUUCCAUCUUAAAUCCACCCUCAUCCCUUUUCAGAAGGUUUGCUUGAGCCUCUUGAGCACAUGGGUAGGCCUG